AUGGAAGUGCCCACACUCUCCAUCACUCUCAAUCCUCCCACUGACGUCCCGGAAGAGUGCAUGGAUCCUGGGAUCCUUGUUGCCAUCAUUGAACUGGAACCGAAAAUUGCUGGCAUGUGCCAUCAUCACAACCCUGUCUGUCCCUCCAAGAAGAAUGGCUGUCCAGCCACGGAAAACCAGGUCCACCUGAAGCUGGAAAUCCUCUUGAAAGAACUCUCACAUAUUCUCCAGGCUGUGGCCUCUUAUCCAGACACAGGUGAUAACGAAGUGAAGGCCAAAGUAUGGGAAAAUGUCUGCUGCUGCUCUUCCAGAAGUGUUACCGAGGGCGACUCCUCCCUUGAAGAGAAGCUCAAAGAACCUGAGAAGUUAAACAAAGUGUUUGUGAACAACCUUACUUCUGUAGAAAAAGAGAAGAAUCAGAAGAAGCAAGAAAGAAUGUGGAAAAGCCGAAACACCAAGGAUGCAAAACAUGGUCAUGCCAAGCAUUCGGAAAGCGAUUCAGAACCCAUAAAAGCCCUUAACGAAGCUCAAGUAAGCAAGAUGAAAACAAAGCACAAACCCUCAAGUGACCUCGAAGACAAGAACUGCAUUACUCAUAGCACGGAGCAGUUACUGCAGGAGGUAGAAGAGUGGUGUGUCCAGCACACAGAACUUAAUGAACUCAUCAAGUCCUAUCAGAAAGCUCAGGAAGACAUUGAAACGUCCGCUAGCAACCAGGAUGCCCCAAAUCCGAAUCAGGAGUCAGCCCAGCUGGAAGAGGAGGUCAAGAAACUGAAACAAGAAACCUACUCGCUGAAUCUGUUUGCAACACUGCUGGACAAUGAAUGCCGGAUCUUAAAGCAGAGAAUAGAGCUUUUCAAAGAACUCAAACAUCAUCAUCAUCAUCCACACCACCAUUCACAUCAUCAUCCGCAUCAUCGGCACAAUAGGGAAGAGAAACUACUGCAGAAAAGUCCAGAACUGAACAAGAAGGAGCACACACCGUCAGAAACAGAGAAGAGAGAAACCUGUCAUCAUAAACUGCAUGACACCAAGGGCGCCUAUCAGAAGAAAGAGAAAGUCUGCACAAGCCUGGACUUUUGUUGUAGUAAGAAAGCUUGCAACAACCGCUUGAAUCUGCGCAUUGCAAGAAAAGUCUUAUGGGGAAGGAAAAAACAACACAGCAAUCCAAAAUAG